AUGACGAAAGGUACGACUUCAUUCGGAAAGAGGCACAAUAAGUCCCACACUAGCUGCCGUCGAUGCGGUAAGGUUUCUUUCCACAUCCAAAAGAAGACCUGCUCGUCUUGCGGAUACCCAAGCAAGAAGAUGAGACAAUACAAUUGGGGCCAAAAGGCCAAGGGACGCCGCACAGUUGGAACUGGUCGCAUGCGUUUCCAAAAGACAUUGACCCGCAGAUUCAAGAAUGGAUUCAGAGAGGGAACCCAAGCAAAGAAGCAAACUGUUAAGGCUAACUAG